UAUUAUCAAAGUAUAACUUUGAAAAUUUGUUCAUAUGAAAUAUAUUUCAAGUAUAUUAUUCAUUGUUCAUUCAACUGGUGGACAAGCAUCAUGCAGCUAGUAUCUAGCUCAUCAAUAUUUGUACAGCUAUUUGCCUCAAUUCAUAUUGUUGUUUUAGUUUUUUGUAUUUUUAAUAAUGUCCAUUUGACAAGUGCAACAUCAUUAGAACAUGAUGUUAGUCAAGGAGUAAUUGAAACUAUUGAUCCAAUAAAUAGAAUUGAUGAUAGUGAUGAUGAUGAUGAAGAUAGUAGCGAAGAAAAAUUAUGUGUUUCCUGUGAUUUGAUGACUGACUCGUUAAACACCCUUAAAAUAUUGAUGAAUAAACUUGAAGAUGUUAGUAAAAAAUAUUGUUCAGCUACAUUUUCAACAAUUGAAAGAAAAUCAUCAGAUACUAGAAGUCGUGGCUCAAGAGCAAUGACAAAUUUAGAAGACAAUGAUGAAGAAGAAUAUCCACAAGUACGUUGGAAAAGUCGUGAUUUUAUGAGAGGUCAACAUGGGACAAUUUUUCGAGACAUGUAUAGUCCGCCACCACCACCACGAAAUCCAAGAACAUUCCCAAGAUUUCUACCACCAAGAGAUGCAGGAAUCGAUGAACGAUAUCAUUCAAAACAAAGAAUGUUAUCACCCCCAAAUAAUCAAUAUUUAAUUAAAAAAUUACCUCAUCAUUCACAAUCAUCACCAGUUUAUUAUUAUAAAUUUGAUGAGCCAAAUAAAUUUAUUGCACCACCACCGUCAUCAUCAUUGUUGUUGUCAUCUAGACCUUUAAUUUAUCAACAACUUGUGGCACAACAAAAUUCACCCUUAAAGAAUGGACAUUAUGUUACACCAGCUGGUUUAAAUAAUGAACGAGUCUUGAUGUGUCCAACUAAAAAUGCAGCAAAAAAGAAACACAGAAUUAGUCAAAUGAAACACAAAAUUAGCCAAAUGAAAAAUAGUAAAAAGAAAAAUUCAAGGGGACAUAAAUAUAAAAAAACUAAAGAAAUUCAAAAAUCAAAUAGUGUUAGUAAUAGUAAUAUAAAUAUUAACAACAAUUCAAAUGGUCCAGAUAUUCAUAAAACAACUACUGAAAAAAUUUCUUCACAUUCAAGUGAAACAUUUUUCACUGACAAUUCAACAAAUUUUGAUAUUGACGAUAGUUUAAGUUUCAAAUGAUUAUAACUAUUUAAUGAUAAUGAUGAUGAUGAUAUUACAUAAAAUUAAUAAUAAAUGAAAAUUAUACAACAUAAAUUUUCUAGCUUAUAUAUUUUUUUUUUCUUUCUAAUUUUUAUGUCUUGAUUUAUCUUGAUGAUAUAAUAAAACUCUUUAUAAUGACGAAUAAAUAAUUGAAUUUUUAAUUAACUUUUAAUUUUAGUUAAUAAAUUUGAUACUUAUUUUGUUAAUUUAUUUUCUUCGUGCUUGGAUUUUAAAUUUUUAAUUCAUUAAUGUUUAUUGGUGAUUUGUUUAUGAUACAUCAAUAUAUUACAUGUAGCUUAAUAUUUUUAUUAUUGGAACAAAUUUCUUAUCAAUUUACUGCAUAAAUUACCUUACAUAUGUUUGUUUAUUUUUGUAAUAUUGUUUUUUAUUACUAAACUUUGCAGUUCAAUUUUUUUACACACAUAGUGACUCAACAAUAAUAAUAAAUAAACAAAAUUGACAAGUUAAAAAAAAAAUAAACAAACUGACGUUUGCUUGAAAUUUUUAUUGUGAAAAUAAAAAGUUUAUAUAUUAACGUCAUUAAAUAUUAAUAAAUCAUUCGAGUUAAUUAAAAUUUACAUGUUAAGUUUUAGUUAAUGUUGCUGUAUUAAUUGUAAUUAUGAGUGCAUUACAAUUAUAAUGAGUACGUAAUUUACCUAGAUAAAAUUAUAUAAUUUAUAAAAAAUAAUCCAAGAUGAA